GUUCAGAUUAGACGAUUGAAAUUGCUAACAUGGACCAAAUUAUGAUGAUAAUUGAUAGAGACCUUGCUGAAGUUGUUGAGAGACUCGAGGAAAUCACAUUGACUCCAGAGAUCGAUGGAAUUAUUGAUCUUAUUGAUAGAACCAUUGCAGACAUCGCGGAAAUUGCCUUCGAACGCGAAGGCGAAAAUAUGUCAGACCUAGAGACAGAUCGAUAUCUUGAGUCAAAUGAUGGGGAUAUUGCGGGUGUCAUUGACAACUCGAGCAUUAUCCCAUCCGGUGUGGAGACUACACCAACUGGGGUACCCGAAUUUGACGAAGACCAUUUGGACCACGAAUCGGAUAGCAAUUGCAGAUUGCUUGACUGCUACGAAGACCACUAUGGAUACAGGUAUAUGUUAGAACAUCAAUCUGAGGUCGUCAAAAUCCAACAUGCUCUACAUUACGAACUCGUUGCAUUGGAUAAAGAAACUCAGAAAAUUCGCGAGAAUUACGAAGCUCUGGUCCACCAAACUCCCGGCCUUCUAAGACUUUCUCUUCCACCCAAAGUAAAGUAUAUUUAUCUCUUCGAUAGUUGGAAGUGUUAUAGUCCGGGAGGUAAAAUUUGUAAAUGCAAGCACUGCUUUGACGACCUCAAAGAAGAACACGUUGAUUCACUUGAAAUCAGAAGAAACACCCAAAAUGCGCUCAAAGACUCGAGGAAGGAGCAUCGCGAGUUGCUCGAGGAGUAUGAAGCUUUCAAAAAGUUCAUGAGCAGGGACUUAUGAGAUUCAAAACUUAACCUGAAGGCUGGCCCUUAUGGCAGGUAUGCUUGCACUCUCCUUUGUCGGUGUUCGUUUUUGACGUAAUUGAAAAACA